UCUAACCCUUAUCGAUAGUUUUCAAAAUUUUUAAUUAAAGUGGCGUGCCUUUGGAAACGAAAGAGAAGGGCGACCGCCCCACGCUAGACUCGAAAACAGAAGAGAAAGCGAAGCCGACUUUGCCCUAGCCUUUCGCUCCUCCACCUCUGGCACAACGUCGCAACUCGCAAGUUAUCACCAGGCUCGCCAAGCUCGCACCUCAGCUAUUCAAUCGCAGUGGCCAAACUUCCGACCUCGAUCUCGAGCACUAAAGCCUAACGACUAAAGUGCCAAGCCGCUCGCUCCUCCUCUGUUUCCAGGCGAAUUGAACUAGCAGUUUCGUUAUCCCUUAUUGAAUUUAUCAGCCUAAUGGUUUAUCUAUUGAUUGAUGGAUAUAGGUGGGAAUAAGACGUUUACUGUGCCCAAAUUUCCCAGCUAAUGAUGGUGAAGAAACCAUUCACAUCUCCUCUUUGCUCCAAACAGGCAACCACUUCUUCAGCGAAUACAUAUGUCAGUUACCCCAAUAUUUAUCAUAUACUCUCAGCAUUGGAGCUGAAAUAUUUGAUGGUUCAAGUGCAAAUGUUACUAUAUAUUGUCACUGAACCUGUUAUGCUACUCUCUUAUAUGCCACUCUCCGAAAAGCUCAAAAAAUUGGGUUUCGUUACUUACUCAAACUCUCAAAGGUGUCUUCAGGAUCAAACUUAUUAUUCAAAGUGCAGUGAACCAUUUUUUCAAAAUAAGCCCAAAUGGAAGUAUGUGGGUGUGCACCAAUAUUAUAUUUAUGAAAAUUCAAUCCCUUAUUUAUCAAGAAUUAUAUUUACAAAUAGAUAGAGGUUGAAAUCUUUUUGGAAAGUUUCUGUGCUAAUACUCUUCAUCCGUUUAUCAUUAAGGUCCUUAUUCCAAUAUUGAAGAAGAAAGUUAGGAUCCAGUAACCUGGACUAAAACAUAACCUGGACUAAAACUUAACCUGGACUACUAAUGAGUAACGACUUCUUCUCUUGUUAGAGGAAGCUCUGGUUCAGAUGGUAAAGGGUAGAGAAGAUAAAUAAUGAGAGUGAGAGACAGUUGGUUUAAUGGUGUUUGGUUUUACGGUCUUUUGUGACCUUCGUUGAAAGUUUGGAUUAUUAGGCGAGGAUGUAACCUACUAUUGUUUCUUGAAUAAUUGCUCUAAUAUAUGUGAAAUGUUUAAAAUAUGUAACAUAACUAUUGUUGUAUGUGUCUGACUGUUGUGUUAUCUAUUAUAGUAUCUGUCGUACUCUCAUAAGUUUUGUGAUUGUUUUACAUUUGCCUUAGAUAAUACAUAGUCGAUAAUACUCCGUCUCCAUAGAUACUAUGCUUUAUGUUAAAAAAGUGACCUUUUUUAAAAGACAAUUCUUAAAGACAUAUUUUUUAUCUUAUGUUUUUACUUAUUGUAUUUCUUUUACUUCAAUUGUAUACUAAUUUGUUUAAUUUCAUUAUAUAAUAACUUGUAGGCAUUCAACAUCCAAAAUUCAUUUACUGAAGGAAGAAAUCAAUGGGACACUGGAGAAAGCAAUGAGCAUCAUUUUUUUGUGAAGCUAUGACAUAAUUUGUACUAUGUUGUCAAGUUGUACACAAAUUUUGUUGAGGCCUGAGGGUGUUCAAAAUAAAAAAUAUUUGUAUACACUGUACUUUUAUUAAUUAUAAUUAAUAAUAUGUUGUUGAUAUCAUCUUAGUUGGAAUUUUUGUUAACGUGAACUGCAGCCUAAAAAAUAGGAAUAA